AUGUGUUGCAACUACUAUAGAAACUCAUGUGGGGGCUGUGGAUACGGCUCUGGCUGUGGCUCUGGCUGUGGAUAUGGUUCCAGAUAUGGCUGUGGCUAUGAUUGUGGAUACAGCUCUGGCUGUGGCUGUGGCUCUGGCUGUGGAUAUGGUUCCAGAUAUGGCUGUGGCUAUGGUUGUGGAUACAGCUCUGGCUGUGGCUGUGGCUAUGGAAGCGGCUGCUGUACCUACUGA